AGCAUCAUCAAAAAGACUUGAAAUCCACCCACAAAUUUGGCUUAAAGAUCUAUCCCGAUCUCCUGUCAAUACGUCCACCUUCAACUCGGCCGCCAUGUUAUCCCCGCUAAAAAACUGCUUGCUCUGGCUUCCCCACCACUCCCAUGAGGGAUGUCGGCCACCAGAAAAAAAAAAGAAAAUGUAGAAAUAGGUCUGUGGUUGAAGAAAGCAGCUGAAGAAAACAGCGAUAUGUGCGAGCAAAACUUGGUCUUUUGGAGACUUCAGUUCCCCGGGCACUCCACUGGCCACUGCCUCUGCUAAUAGUAUAAGUUACUUAGAUUUCUCAAGCCAUCGUCGUUCAUGGCGCUCGUCCGCGCCACCCUCCUACCUUCUCCUACUUUCUUGCACAGAACCCACUUCUCAUUUCUUCCUCCUGUCAUCCUCUCUGACGACUCUUCACCAGUUCCCCUCGAAAGGAAUCAUUUUUACGGCUGUGGGAAGCAGAGGUGGAAAGAUAGGGGCACUGUUGCCUUAGCUACCGGCACUCUGGAUCGGGUGGAGUCUGAUCAGCCUGUGUUGGAUGCGAAGCGAAAUAAGCUUCGUAUUCUCAUCGCCGGCGGCGGGACAGGCGGGUUGGUGUUUGCACUGGCGGCGAAAAGGAAGGGUUUUGAUGUGUUGGUGUUCGAGAAGGACAUGAGCGCGAUUAGAGGGGAGGGACAGUAUAGGGGGCCGAUUCAGAUUCAGAGCAACGCACUUGCAGCGCUCGAGGCUAUCGACUUGCAGAUCGCCGAUGAAAUUAUGCAGACAGGAUAUAUAACUGGAGAUAGGAUAAAUGGUAUUGUGGACGGCAUUUCUGGUACCUGGUAUAUCAAGUUUGAUACUUUCACUCCAGCCGUUGAACGCGGCCUUCCUGUUACGAGGAUCAUAAAUCGUAUGUCGUUGCAGCAAAUAUUAGCCCGUGCUGUUGGUGAUGACGAUAUUUUAAAUGAUAGUAAAAUUGUAGAUUUUGUCGACCAUGGAAACAAGGUUACUGUGAUUCUUGAAAAUGGUCAGCAGUAUGAAGGUGAUCUUCUUGUUGGAGCAGAUGGUAUUUGGUCAAAGGUGAGGGAGAUCUUAUUUGGCUACAACGAGGCAUCGUACUCUGGAUAUACUUGCUAUACUGGAAUUGCAGAUUUUGUACCCCCUGAUAUAGACACUGUUGGGUACCGUGUUUUUCUUGGUCACAAGCAAUAUUUUGUUUCUUUAGAUGUUGGUGCUGGAAAAAUGCAAUGGUAUGCAUUCCAUAAUGAACCACCUGGUGGCUCUGAUGUCCCAAAUGGUAAAAAGGAAACAUUGCUCAAGAUAUUUAAUGGGUGGUGUGAUAAUGUGAUUGAUUUACUAAUUGCGACGGACGAAGAAGCUAUUGUCCGACGUGAUAUUUAUGAUCGUGUCCCAAUUUUUACGUGGGGAAAAGGGCGCGCAACAUUGCUUGGGGAUUCGGUUCAUGCCAUGCAGCCAAACUUGGGUCAGGGUGGCUGUAUGGCUAUUGAGGAUAGCUAUCAGCUUGCGCUUGAACUUGAGAAAGCUUGGAAAGAAAGCAUUAAGAGCAAAAAACCCAUGAACAUAAAAGCUUCCCUAGAACGAUAUGAGAAAGAAAGAAGACUUCGUGUGGCCGUAAUAUAUGGAUUGGCAAGAAUGGCUGCUAAUAUGGCUUCUACUUACAGGCCUUAUUUGGGUGUAGGGAUCGGACCCUUUUCGUUUUUGACAAAGUUUAAAAUACCACAUCCUGGGAGAAUUGGUGGCAGACUUGUCAUCAACUAUGUGAUGCCUUUAAUGUUGAGCUGGGUCCUAGGUGGCAGCAGCUCAAAGCUUGAAGGAAGAUCACCGAACUGUCGCCUGUCCGACAAGGCAAGCGACCAAUUACAGAAGUGGUUUGAAGAUGAUGAUGCCCUAGAACGAGCUCUUGGUGGAGAGUGGUAUCUAUUUCCUGUAAAUAAUGAAGAUUUACAGCCUAUUCGGUUGGUCAGAGAUGACAAGAGAUUUUAUACCAUUGGGAGUGUUUUGCAUCAUGACUCGGAGGGAACAUCAAUUCAUUUACCUUUUUCUCAGGUGCAUAAAUCCCACGCACGUAUUACAUGCAAAGAUAACAUCUUUUACUUGACUAACUUGCAGAGGCAGCAUGGCACCUGGAUCAAUGACACUGAAGGAAGAAGAUACAAAGUUCCACCAAAUUUCCCCACUCGCUUGCGCUCAUCUUUCUCAAUUCAAUUUGGUUCUGAUAAGAAAGCCGUGUUCAAGAUUAAGGUGGUGAGCACAUCUGGGGGGAGAAAAGCUGCAAUUGAAACACCAAAAUUGUCAGAUUGUUUGACAGACCAAUUCUGAUUGCUACAGCCAACGGUAACAAUAAAAAUAUAUCCGGUAAAUAAUUUGUGGUUUAUUAUUUUUUUCUACUUAAGACCAAUGAA